AACAAAGACGGUGUAUUUAUUUUCGAAUUGUGGGUCACAAUCCUGCUACUACUAAUAACCUCGUGAUAUGAGCCCUCCCUUUCUCUGUCACCUUAAAUCUCUCUCUCACUCUCUCACUCUCUCUCUCUCCACACUCUCUCUCUACACUCCCAAAUGAAACCCACCACCAAGUUCAUCGUCCUCCACCCCUCCAUCCACAAACCACCACUCACCACCACCAUUACAACCACCACCCACCCCCGCCUCUACCUCUUCACCCUCUUCAUCCUCCUCUCUCUCCUCUUAACUUUCUCUCUCAUCACCACCCUCCCGUACACCACCACCACACCCACCCCCACCACCACCACCCCCCACCCACUACCCACCACCGUACACGACGCCCUCCUCCACUACGCCACCACCACCGCCCCAAACCUCACAACCCCACCUCGUAUGACCCCCGCCGAACUCACCUCCAUCGCCACCGUCCUCCGCCGCUGCUCCGCCGGAUGCAAUUUCCUAAUCUUCGGUCUCACCCACGAAACCCUACUCUGGCACGCCCUCAACGUAUACGGCCGUACUACGUUUGUGGAUGAGAACCCGUAUUUUAUAUCUAAACUAGAGGAAAAACACCCGGGUAUCGAAGCGUACGAUGUUCAGUUCACUACGAAAGUAUCCGAACUGAAAGAGUUAAUGAAUUAUGCGAGAUCCGAACUAAGAAACGAGUGUAGACCCGUGCAGAAUUUACUAUUCUCCGAAUGUAAACUGGCGAUUAAUGAUUUACCGAAUCAUGUAUACGACGUCGCUUGGGAUGUUAUUUUGGUGGACGGACCGCGCGGGUACUUCCCGAAAGCGCCUGGGCGACUGUCGGCGAUCUUUACGGCGGGCGUGUUAGCAAGAAGUGUAGGAACCGAUAAAACGCAUGUGUUUGUUCAUGAGUUUGAUAGGGAGGUGGAGAAAGUUAGUAGUGAUGAGUUUUUGUGUAGUGAAAAUUUGGUGGAAAGGGUUGGUUCAUUGGGGCAUUUUGUGGUGGAGAAGAGGGAUUUGAGUGUGGAUGGGUAUCAAUUCUGUCGGAAUCCGCCGUUGUCGGCAGUCGCGUUAACUGAACCCUAAACCUUAAAUCCUAAACACUAAACGGCGGAAGAGUAGUUUAUAGGUUAUGUAAAUACAAAAGUAUUAUAUAUAUUGUGAGACAAGUUGUUGAUGUUUUUAGCUUUUAUGUUGUAUUUAUGUUUCAUGUAAUUGCAUCUUCAAUGAUUGUUCAGAUGCAUUCUCUUAGUUUAAUCAUUAAUGGAUGAUAAACUAAAGUUUUCUA